CUUCUCACGAAGAUCUGCCCCGUGUUGUCGGAUAGUUUUGUAUAAUAACUCUUUUUAUGUAUCUCUCUCUAAGACGGUUUUUAGAGUAUUCAUUAAACAACAUUAUCAGUAUUUUUUUUUUAAAGACAUUUCUCCUAUUUGGUUUUGAUUUUUAGGCACACCUGGGUAGAGAGGUGCGGGGAUGUUGACGCGGGAAGGAAUCUGCUCACCUUGUUGCCAGAUUACAGAGCUGUUGUUAAGGAUCUUUUGGUGAAAAUGGUGCUUCUUGUCGUCGAAUUAAUUGCACUUGUUUAAUCGAAUUCCUCAGUUUCAAAUGGGUAACGGAAGGACAUUUUAUAUUCAUCACCACACUGUUUAUUUACAAAAAAUGUUUUAUGUUGGUAAAUUUUUAUUUAUUUUUUUUUUUCGCAAAACAGUAUUAGUUACGUCUUCGCUUAUUUGAUAGUUUAGUGUUAUAUUUUUAAAUAAAGUUUUACGGAGAGGAUAUAAAGUAGGAUAUUUAUGUAGGUGACCUGAACUGAGUGUUGUUGCCCGGGAGGGGCCUGGGAGGGGCAGGGAAACCACAAUAAACCGCUCUUUAAACAGAGACUCACGUUUGUUCCGUGUCGUUCCAGGUACUACCACCACCACUACCCCUGGGAGGACUGUCCCCUGUGCUACCCGGACUACCCUUAUCUCCCACGAUACCCACAUCUUGCUCGGUACUACAAUGCCCAUGGCCUCCGCCACUCACACCGCUAGCCUCCCCUUCCACCAUCACCGCCGAUGACGUCACACUACCACCACCGAUGACGUCAUAACACCACCACCUCCGAUGACGUCAUAAAGACCGUUGGCUGUGAUGACGUCAGGCCCUCCAUUCACUUGCGCGUUAUUGUUGUUUGUUUUCCUCGGGUAUUACCGGUACUCAUACAGAUCGCCAUACAGAUGCUACUGUUCUACGUGCGUGCGAUACAGACUCUAUCGGCCUUACAACUACCUGUACAAGUACCGACCUUGCCGAUUCUCAUGCUACCCUUACCGCCCCCUCCACCACUAUACGAGGACCUACCUGGAUACCUGUGACCUUCUUGACGACGACGACGACCUCAACCCGAGAUCCUCCUACAAACUCCCGAAGCUAAAAGUGACUUCCUCCAACCCAAAGGACGGCACGAGCGAGGACUCAGACCUCUUGGAUGGGUCUCAGGUCGAGGAAAUACAAAGGGGGAUGAACAAGAAGAGUCAGUCGUCAAAGCAAGACUCCUGGACGAAAAGUAAAGUGAAAAAUGAUGACGGGGACGUGGAUAGCGCUGGCGGUGCGAGAGAGAGGCAGUACGAGGAGGGCAAGGCACCCAACAGGGAAAGUGGCCUGGGAAAGGAGAGCCAGUCAAGUGCAGAGUUCUUUGAUCUUGAUUAAUUUGUCAGUGAAGGUAUGGUGUGAACUAGAAGGAUAUUUGUUUGGGUAAUCACAAGGGCCCAUUAAGUGACCGUAUACAGGGUAAAGGAACUUCUGCAAGGCACCAGUAAUUUUCAGCCAAAAAGUAUUAAUAUAGUAAACAUUUAGUGUAAGAGUGAAUAAGUAUGACUAUAAGUACAUUCUACUUUUUGCAAGAUAAUUAGUUCAUCAUUCUUUAUAUUCUUGAAGAUUAGUUUCUAGACUUAUAUUGGGAUACAUGAUUUUUUAGGGAUAUUGAAAAUGAAUGUGCAGUAGUCCAGUAAGCUGUAGUAGAAGUCUUACUUUAUACCAAAUUAAAACAAAUAGAUCAGACUGUAAUGUAGGCAACCUAACAUAGAAUUUUAAUACUGUAGUGUUUCUUAAUAGAAUCAAUGUCAAAUAAUUAUACAGAAUGAUGCAGUUGUGAGAGUUAUUCUGCCAUGUUAAUUGUAGCAGUAGAAUAGUACUGAAUAAGAGUGGUUAGGCUUUUAUCUAAAAGUAUAGCAAAUGUUGCUGGAGUACAAUGAAACUGUCGAUGUACUUUCCUAUUUGCUUUUCUUUAUUUAGAUUUGUAUAUCCAUGAGUCCUUUUCAAGAGUCUGAUUUAUGGCGAAGAGCUGUUAUGUUAUAUUUCAGUGAAUUUAUAUGAUAUAAAUACAGUAUGUAGAUUAGUGAAGAUGUAGCGUAGACUAUAUGUACUAGGGUGACCUCAAGCAAUAAUAGUUCACUGCCACAUGUUUUCCAUUGGUCACUUAGACACGGAUGGUCAUUUGACCUCAGGUGGCAGACAGUAGAGUGUAAUGGCUGUUGUACAGUUUAUAUGAAUUUAUAUAGAUUUUCUCUUUUCACAGAUGGUUGAGGAAAAUUUAUUUGUAGUGUAUAGUAUCUACUGUGAUGGCAUCAAGCUCAAAUUUGUCAGCACAAAGAGAAUGUUUCCCACAGUUAAAAGGGAAAUGAGAUCAGUAACAAAGUUUGAAAGGAAAAGUUUAGCUGCAGUUUUCUGUGAGGACGAGUUCACAUCUUUUGAGCAUCUGUGCCUAGAAGUCAACUUUUAGCAUUUUCUUUAUUUGAUUUUUAACAUAAAAGGCUUUCAAGUGCACAAAUGUAGCAUCUUCAUUGGAUUUUUUUUCACCAAUACAAUAGAAGGCAUCUUUAGAAUGUUGAAAAUUUGGUACUCUGUAAGAAAAAUCAAAAUAUACUUGUUAUUGUACAGACCUUUAA